AAUCCAUUCCGAUUUCAAUGUACAAAAUUUUAGUGGCCUUCAAACCCUAACUUAAUUAAGUGAACAAAACUGAAUCAAUACUUUAUAAAAUCAAACCAUGUCUAGUAAGGCGGCUUUUGCUAUACAGACUUUAUUCUCGACAGCAUCUCGCGACCGAUGUAUGGCGAAUAUGAUGAAAUUUCCCGUCCCUCGAAGACGGGGCAAAGAGCCUACUGCGUCAGCGGCCGUUCUCAUUCCUAUCUGCGACGUUGAGAACACUCCGUCAUUGUUGUACACUUUGCGGGCGGACAAUCUAAGGAGCCACAGCGGACAAAUUUCGUUUCCUGGUGGAAAAAAGGAUAAUAACGAGACGCCGAUACAGACCGCGCUUCGUGAGACUGAAGAAGAAAUAGGCUUGUCACGGACAAAGAUAGAACUGUGGGGACAGGGACCCGCUGUGCCGGGGCGAAAUAACCAAAUCAUGACAACCCCUGUGGUCGGGACCAUAAAGCACUUAGAAGAAAAAGAUCUGGAAAUCAACAAGGAUGAGGUUGCCGAGAUCUUUACAUUACCAGUAGAAUCCUUGUGUGAUAAAAACAAUCAAUUCUACACUCAGUUCAGUAAUGGCUUUAUAUUGCCAGUGUUUGUGGUGGAUCAUUACAGAAUAUGGGGAGUCACUGCCUUGCUCACCCAUGUGUUCCUUAGCUCUCUAUUUACUCAAGAUGUUUAUAAAAAUGAGUGGAUGAGACAGAAAGUUGUCUUACAGUGAGUUGAGUUUUCUAGGAGAAACAGAAUAUAAUAAAAAAGAAUAGAAACCUAUGGAGGAACCUGGUCAUCAACAGGACAUGAUGUCACGAAUCUCAGCAUUGAGGGACUGACUGAAGAAGAAGGAGAAACAUUAAAUUAAUUAAAUACUCACUUAAAUUGAAAUAUUUAUUAAAGUAUGAAAGCUACUACAUAUCACAUGGCAUUGCAGUACUUAAUUGUAUAACUUAUUUUAUUCUAAAACUGAGCAAGGCACAAGAAGCACUGAAGAUUAUCACAAUAAAUUGGAAUUGAUAAAAAUAAUGUCAAAUUAUUACAAAAGAA